AUCUCUGCCCAUCCGAUUUCAUGUUCCCAUUGGAUUCCCAUCGCAAGCUGAGCCUUUCUUCAAUGAGGCCAGUCCAAGCAACAGAAACAAAAAGCAAAAAAGCAAAAAAUCCAACCACAUCACAGAAAGAAGGAUGGAGCUCGCACUUCAAAGCAAAUCCAAAACAGAUUAUGCUUUCCUUCGUUUCUGUCAUCUUUAAUUGCCUGGCAAAAUGGAUGUUUACUGAUUUAAUGGAUAUAUUUUUAAGAUCCGAUCUGAAAGCACGCAAAUGGAGGAGAUCAGGAGAGAUAGAAGCACAGAGAGACGGUGAUAUGGGUCCCACCGAUCCACCGAUAGUAUCACAUCUAAGAUUUUGUGACUGUACCUAACAUUUUGACACACAAGCACAACCACUCGCGGCCAGCCCAGGGGCGGCUUUCCAAUUUUAACGCCGCCGUUUCUGCCCCGGUUGCCUCGGUUUUAGCAGCCUUCACCACUUCCAGGGCAAUUAAAUAGGGAGGAAAAUGCAAGGAAAGGCAUAAUUAAACAGCAAAAUCAAAAAUCAAUAGUCAGGACGCGGUGUGUCUUCUGUCUUGUAGGUAAUCUUCAAAUCCUGACCUGGACUUUGCCUGAAAGAUUUGUAAAGAUCUCAAUAUAUUAGAUCCGCAGAAUCUCGACUUUAUCAUCCUCUCUCUCUCUCUCUCCCGUUUUUCAAACCAAAAGCAAAUCUUUCGCUUUCCUUGUUCGCUCCUUUGCUUGUAUAAAAGCCCCACCUGAACGUCCCUGAUAGGAUGCAUCAAAUCUUUUACAACACACUCUCUCUCUAAGUCUCUCUCUCUUUCCCCUUUCGUGUCACCGCACAUUCGACGGAUACCACCCGCAGAGCAAGAAAAUUUCAUUUGUUUUCGGAUUUCAUGGCGGCUGCCAGUGAGGUUUUGAGGCGGAGUUUGCCGGAGGAGGUUGGAGUUUCUAAUGGGUCAUCUUCGACUUCAGAAGAGCUUCAUGUUCUUGCUGUAGAUGAUAGCCAUGUGGACCGGAAGUUUAUUGAGCAGUUGCUCAAGAUCUCAUCAUGUAAAGUUACGGCUGUCGAGAGUGGGACUAGAGCUCUGCAGUAUCUUGGAUUGGAUGGAGAGAAGAACUCCGUUGGGUUCAACGACUUGAAAGUGAAUCUUAUAAUGACGGAUUACUCCAUGCCGGGGAUGACAGGAUAUGAACUGCUUAAAAAGAUCAAGGAAUCAUCAGCUUUUAGGGAGAUACCUGUAGUGAUCAUGUCAUCUGAGAACAUUUUGGCUCGAAUUGACAGGUGUUUGGAAGAAGGAGCAGAGGAAUUCAUAGUGAAACCAGUAAAACUAUCUGAUGUGAAACGGCUGAAAGAUUUCAUAACGAGAGGAGAGGGAGAAGAAAACGAAAAGAGAAGGAUUCUGAAGAGAAAGAUGGAAGAUGAUGUCUUUUCAUUAUCUUCUCAGUUGCCUGCUUCUGAUUUAGUGUCAUCGGAACUGGAGUCUUCAACACCAUCAUCGACCUUGUAUAUAUCUACUAAAAGAACUAAAUUGUUAGAUAGAGGCUAAUUUGGUCGAUCAAUUUUUAAGUUUUUUUUUUUUGGUUAAUUUUUGUUAAUACUGAUGGAUGCAGAAAUUUGUUCAUUCCCACUCAAAAACUGAUAUGAGGAAGCAAAUAGAAGUAGGAUAAAGAUUGGACAAAAUAUUGUUGUCAUCAUAUAGAAUGUUAGAUUUGAUGAUUUAAUGUGGAUAAAAUCUCAAGGAUUUGAGGGAUUUUGUUGCCUAAUCAUACCAUUAAAAUUUCAUUAGAGGCUCAUUAGUGAUAACUGAUGUAUCUAAAUAAAUGAUACGUCGUACGGGUGUUACCGUGUGAAUAUGAAAGGUCAAGCAUUUUUAGAUUUGUAUUA